CCCUUGGAGACGCCGUAGCGGUUAUCCACGCAGUUUCCGCCCAACAGGAAGUGAGCGGAGUCCAGCGAAAGUGUGAGUGAACUGUCAAAACAAACCAAUAGCGACAAAAUUAUCUCUUCACUCAGAGCGUCCGCACAUCUAAAGAGGUCCCUUCACCACCAUGGACAACAUGCCUAACCCUCUGCGGUGUUUCCGUGAGCAGCAAUCGGCAGAAAUGUUCUUGGAUGACGGGGUAGAGACGGUGACUUCUGUGGAGCAGCACUGACUCCAGUUCAGGAAAUGAGCUUUGAGGUGAGGAAGAGGAUGAGGUGGAAAUGAGGGAAGCGAGAGCAGUGAUGGCGGAUCAGGCAGAUGAAGAAGAGGAGGAGAAAGAUGCAAUGAGAAAAAGAUAAUGAAAAUAUACAGGUUACAGAAAAAGGUGGAACAAUCCAUUCAAGAAGUCAUGAGUGUUUACAAGCAAAUACACAGCUUACCACAGCCAACGUUGUUGCGGGAACAACACUACCAGUAUCUCAAGAAGGGCUUACGUCAUUUAUCAGAUGCUUAUGAGUGUCUGGAUGCUAGCCGACCGUGGCUUUGCUUCUGGAUUCUUCACAGUCUGGAGUUACUACAGGAGCCCAUUCCUGCUGCCGUCGCCUCAGAUGUGUGUCAGUUUCUGGCACGCUGUCAAAGCCCAACAGGGGGGUUCGCCGGGGGACCGGGGCAACACGCCCACCUUGCACCCACCUACGCUGCCGUCAACGCCCUCUGCAUCAUCGGCACAGAUGAGGCCUAUAAUGUUAUAGACAGGGAGAAGCUGCUAGAUUUCUUGUGGUCAGUGAAGCAGCCAGAUGGCUCCUUUGUGAUGCACGUCGGUGGAGAGGUGGAUGUCAGGAGUGCAUAUUGUGCAGCUUCGGUAGCAUCGCUCACAAACAUCCUCACACCUAAACUGUUUGAAAACACAACCAACUGGAUUCUCAGCUGUCAGAACUGGGAGGGUGGUCUCAGUGGAGUACCGGGUUUGGAGGCACAUGGCGGUUACACGUUCUGUGGUACAGCCGCCCUUGUCAUCCUGGGCAAAGAACACAUGCUGGAUCUGAAAGCCUUGCUGCGUUGGGUGGUCAGCAGACAGAUGCGAUUUGAAGGAGGUUUCCAAGGCCGCUGCAAUAAACUAGUGGACGGCUGCUACUCUUUCUGGCAAGCUGGACUCCUGCCUUUACUCCACAGAGCCUUAUACAAAGAAGGAGAGUCAGAGCUGAGUCAGCAGCGGUGGAUGUUUGAGCAGCAGGCCUUGCAGGAGUACAUCCUCCUGUGCUGUCAGAACCCAACAGGAGGCCUUCUGGAUAAGCCUGGCAAGUCCAGAGAUUUUUACCACACGUGUUACUGCCUCAGCGGCCUCUCCAUAGCACAGCACUUUGGGAACAUGGACAACCAUUACGAGGUGAUCCUCGGCAAGGAGGAGAAUAGAUUGGCACCAACUCAUCCAGUUUACAACAUCUGUCCGGAGAAGGUGGCUCAGGCCCUGCAGCACUUUCUCCGGAUGCCCGUUCCCGAGGUCAGCAGGCAGCCGGGAGGCUCCGGUGAAGACAGACCGUCAGACGCCGCCGCUGCCUCCUCAUCAGCUGACCUUCAGUCCUAGUUGAUCCUCAGCAGUAACGUCACUGUGCGUUUUUUAAAACAAAAUAACAAAAAUCAGCCAGCUCUGGGGAUCGCCCCUGAGCCGGGAAGCUGUUGUCAGGUUUUUUGUGGACAAGCGGGAUAGUCGACCCUCGCUGCAGACCAGGGCUGAAGUUUGCCCAAAUAAAGGUCAACAGUUUUGCAAGGGCAGCCUCACAUUCAGUUGAAUAUGUUUGUUUUUUCUUUUUUUUUCGCUUGCAUUGUCUGUUUUCAUUCUCUGAAAUAAAGGUGGAACUUUA